ACACCACAGCUCACAGCGCUCUUCUUGGCGCCACAGCCUAUAUCAAGAAGAACUCCUGUCGUUUUCAUCAGUUCUUAAUCUGAAGGUUUUGGAGCAGGAAGAAAAAGUAGUUGUGCUGUAGAUCCAAGCUCCUGACUUGUUGCCAGACAGUUGUCUCUCACCCGCUCUCUCCUUAUCAGCGGUAGCGUUUGAGCACCGUUCCUGAAUACGGGGUCUUGUCGACUCAUUCCGUUCUUCGAACUGCUCCUCACAGUCUAUGAUGAGCGACAGAAGUUUCCGGGCGGCGACAAGCACACCGACCGGCAUGCAUGGUGGACACCAAUUUUUUGCUGCAAAGCAGGUCAAGAUGGCUGUGGCUCUCCGCACAAGUGCUUGGGUUUGGCUGCUGAUUUCUACUGUGAUGUGUUCGGCUCGUGAAGCGCCAAUACUAGGGUUAGCAAAUCCAAUUGAUGGUCGUGAGGUGCAUCAGGAAUACUAUUUCGUUAAUGCCACUAUACUCGAUGGGCCAAUCUGCAACACUAGCAACAACGGGUUUUUCGACGCCGGCGUGGGAGGCACUUUGAGUUCAUAUUCGAAGUUUCGUGUACAUGUUCCGUUUAGAGAUGGAAAGCUUAGUCAACCAGUCUAUCAAAGCAUCAUACACCAAAGUGGUGAUACUACAACCUACCAGCUGAGCAUUGUAAACUACAAUGGAAAACGGCGUGCUUACACCUGUGGUCCUAUACUCGGCCACCGCCUACACACAUACUUUAUUCUACCUCUUGAGCCAAUUUUAGGUAUAAGGACUUAUGAUGCUUACAUAACCAAGACCCGGAAGGUGGAGCAUAAUGGGCUGGGUCAUCAACCUUUCAUCCCACAUGUUUUCAGAGAGGGAUUAGGAGACAUCCCACCAAUUUUCUGUGCUCCUAACACCGGAUCUCCGAGAGUGAACACGACCACACUCCAAAUUACUUAUGAUGAUAAUCGCACACGUACAGUACCAAGCAAACGAUAUGCCGAAGGUGUACACUUUCGAAUUCAGAAUGUCCGGAACUCGUCUGGUCAUUAUGUUUGCUCGGCUAGAAAUAAAGCCAACAAAGAACCUAUAGUCUUUAACUUCCGAGUUGAUAUAGAAUUCGCACCUGAUUUCACUGGUACCCAGGAGAACAUCACCGGUGUAGUGGGUCAACCUCUACACGUUCGAUGCGUAGUAGCCAGCUGGCCUGCCCUUGACAUUAGUUCAUUUAGAGUUGAGCUUCCAAAUGGAUCGAAUGUUUCAGUAACGCCCCUUGCACAACCCAACUGGCAGCCACAAGCAGUGACAGUUCUCAACAUUGGACGCGCUUCAGCCCGCCAUGGAGGGCUUUACAAAUGCAUUGCUAAUAAUUCCAUUGGAACAACAGUUACGACCGUUCGUGUCACUCUUACCGUGCCACCAUGUCCACAUCUGUUCAGGCACUCCGGUCAUAUCCAAUGUGUGCCGUGCGCUUGCAGUGCGAAUGGCGCGGAGAGCUGCGACGACACGGGCAACUGCACGUGCCGGGAAGGUUUCUCCGGCAGCCGGUGCCAGGACUGCGCGUCCGGCUUCUACCGGUUUGGAGAGGAUUGCGUCAGGUGUGCUUGCAGCGUAAUAGGCGCACGCAGCGGCACCAAGUGUAACCAGACCACUGGACAGUGCAAUUGCCUUGCUUCGUUCUCUGGACAACAGUGCACAUAUUGUAGAGAUGGCCAAUUUGCGAAUGAUAUCGCCACAAAGCAGACUUGUGUACCAUUUGCCGCGGCCACGACCAGCAACCCGGGAGGUUGUACCGACUGCUACUGUUCGGUAAAGGGUUCGCUCAGCAACGUGUGUUCAGAUGGAGAAGGAAUAUGCAGAUGCUACAGAAACUACACAGGAGUGAAAUGUGACAGCUGCAUUAGUCCCAGCCAGUUCCACACUACUGAAGGUGGUUGUCAAGAGCUGAGCGAAGAGCUCUUCACGGCAAGCAGGGACUCCUUGGUGGAAGGCGACGUGCUGGAUCUGGCUCAUCCCUUUGUCUUCGGCUCGCAGUUCACACACCAUCACAAUGUGUCGGUGUCACUUGAUGGGUACAUGUCCCUGAAUGGCUUUACUGGAGGCGUCAAUGACAACUCGUUCGUGACCGAGCAGGAGGCCAUUAUUGCACCAUUCUGGGCAACGCGCUCCAAGAAUCUUUCCUGCUCUCUUGGUAAGGUGACGACACAUCGUGUCAGUGAGUCGGUGGACAGCGCCACGUUUGCCGCCAUCAAAAAUGCGGUGAAAGAGAAGUACAGGGGAGACGACGAAUUUCGGCCACGCGAAGCCAUCCUCACAACCUGGUUAGAGAUUCCCGAGAAUAAUCAACAUAACAAGCGCAACACAUUCCAGGCUGCGAUCAUCAGUGACGACUGCCAGUCGUUUGCAGUACUUCAAUAUCCUAAGAACGGAAUCAGCUGGAAAGGCAUUCCUUAUCCAGUCAUGGCAGCCGGCAAAGUCCUGCCAACCUCUGGAACUCGCCAGGUUAAUCCGAUCGCGGGGGUGUAUAACCUGACUAACGGCUGCAGCAAAAAGCUGCGCGCAAGAAAACACUGUCUGGACUCGGUGACUAAUGCAUCAGCGAAGCCGCAAGCAUACCAUCUCAUGACUCGCUGCCCAGACACCAAGGAACAGGCAUCCGCCAGGAUUAUUGAACUAACAAGAAACAUCGGAGUAGGAUUAGAAUGUGCCAUUGUCGGUGGAAUACAUCUUGAUUCAGAUACUAAGAUAUCUUCGCACUGCUGCUACGGUCGCGGCGGGAACCUGAUUGAUUUCGGUUUCUACCGACCUUUUCAGCAACUGUCCGAUGCUGACUCUAAGUUACGCUCAGCUUGUCAUGUCGGAGGUGUUCUGUCACACUUCUUUUCAAACCGUAACUCUCCCAAGCCCGCUGACGAGCGUGUUCCAUUCUUGAUGGGUGUCGCUUUCGGAGAUCCUCAUCUUGUAAGCUUCAGAGGAAAGAGUUUCGAUUUCCAUGUUGUGGGGGAGUUUGUUCUUGCCGCCGUAAGCGGAGUUAAUCAUAGCCUGGAAGUUACCGCACGGAUGGAAGUGCAUCCGUUAUCAAAUGCUGCCAAUUUUACAUCGAUUACACGUGUCGCAAUCCGAAUUACACAAGGCACGUCCAAACACACUGAAGAGGUGUACUCGAAUGAAAUCGGCCGCCUUGAGUCUAAUUCACCGUACUCGUCCUCACCGGGAGUUGUUCACCUUGGAAGUUUCUCUGUCAAGGUCGAUGUGCAGCGUCACCCAGUAUUGGCCCUAUCGCUGCACAUCCCACGGAAUGCCCAAGUCACUGGUCUACUGAAUAUUGAUCGUGACAACGAGCUGAUCUUGGAAAACAGUACUGCACUCCGAGAGGAGGCGAAAAAAUACCAAGUGGACAAGGCGAGAAGUCCUUUCUCAUACACCGACUCUCCCGACAGCAGUUAUGAAAAAUUUAACCCGACCAACCCGCCAACAACAGGAAGUGUAAAUAGAAGUGUGAAUACAUCAGACGAAACAAUUUCCAAAUGCGAGGGCGAAGAAACAUGCAUCGCCGACUUUAUUCUUACCCAAGACUAUGAGUUAGCAUAUCGCUCUCGUGAUAUAGCUCGUGUCCAGCGAAAUGCAGCCGAGAUAUUCUCUAAUCUCCCAACACUCCCACCAAUCAUAUCCGCAAGCACAUCAGUUCUGCACGCCACAUUCAACAGAUCGAGCUCGAUCAUCGUGACGGCUAGAGCUGCAGGAGCCAGGACUAUAACCGAAAUAACAUUCGAAGCCAGCACUCCUUUGUUUUCCUUUUCUGCAAAGAACGUGUCAUCGGAUAGCAUGGAGUUGACCUGGCUACCAGAAGAGAGGUAUUUUGCUCAAUCCCAUGAUCUUUAUCUCAGCGUGUCGGCAAUUGAUGACACCGGUGCCAAGGCUAGCAAGACCAUUCCCGUCACCUUUUGUGGGUGUUAUGGAGUAUGUGAGCAGCCACCCGCAGCUGAUGAUCUGAUGCUCACUUUCACCCAGCUUGGCUGUGAUUCUUGCGACACGGGUCGAACUGGACAUAAUUGUGCCGAUGAUCUUGAUAGCUGUGUUUCGAAUACCUGCAACGAACCGCACUACGAGUGCAUUGAUGUCCCACUGCCCGGUGACGGGUUCAACUGUACCUGCACGCUCGGUUUUGAAGACCAAAAAGGCUCUUGUGUAGAUGUUGAUGAGUGUGAUGGUGACAUCUGGUACUGUGGAAAUGGCCAGUGCAUCAACACGGAAGGCUCUUACAACUGUAAUUGCUCGAGAGGUCACUACUGGAACGGAAUCAAGUGCGACGAUGUAGUCGAAGACAACAUAAAAAAACCUACACCUGGUGAUAAGGUGCAUCCAACCCCCUUUGCUGGGAAGGACGGUGAAGGAGGGAGGAACAGUGUUGGCGGCCCUCCAAGACACAACGGCUCCGUAGACGCUGCUAGCACACCUAUUCCCAAAAGCACAACCACGCGGCAUGGUAUUCAAGCGCAUUUCAAUUCAACACACGAAACUGCGCAGAACACCGGUCAAACAAAUCUCAAAAGACAAAUCACCUUCGCGGCAGGAGGACUGGCUGGUUUGAUUCUCGUCUCCACCAUGCUGUUCGCUUUCUGGCACCGCACCCGGCAGCAGGAGAAGAAUCAAGGUUCCUUUCACCCGGGCAAGGCUGUUUCCGAGGCUGACCUGGAUUUAGAACUCUAUCGCAAACCUAGCCGCAUGACGUUGAAGAAGAUUGCUUCUCGUGACUCGAUUUUGGACGUUUCCGGCCAGACACCUCCGGUUCCUGGUAGUUUGGCGGACUUUAGCUCAAUCUUGGAAUCUACACUAGCCAAAGAUAAGCAUGACUGGCAGUAGUUUUUCGUGAAAGUGUGCCAAGUCGAACUGCUGCCAAAGUGACUUGCAAUCCAUCGAUGACAUGCGGUGUUUUCCUGUUGCGCAGCACCCGUGGAAUUGUCCGUGUCUGCAUGGACCUCUCUUAGCUUGUCUGUUUAUCCAUGCCAAUGUGUAUUCUAUGUGCAUCCUGUUGGAAUGUAUUCAGCCCAAUCUAGUGCAUUCUGCUUGCAUCCAUUUUGACUGUAUUGACCCGUAUCCAGUGCAUGAUGUUGUAUUCUGUUGCUCCGUCUGCGUAUAUUUCACCCCAUGUAUUUACGUGUGUACCUUCGACAUCAUAGGAUUCUUGACCUGAGUAUAAAGAUGCAACAUCCGCUCUGCAAAUCCAAGUCUGCUUUGCUAAAAGAUGAUUUCGAUAUCAUUAUUUCAACACUCUACAAUGACGAAUUGGAUUUAGAACCAUGGUGAAGCAGCGCAAUAAAGACGCA